GUUUGUAUUUAAUCCAAAAUUGGAAUUCACCAAGCUCAAAACAAAACGCAAUGUUAUGACAUCAACUUUGACAGCUGCAAUUUCUUAACCAAUUUAAAUUUGCUGCUAUUUACUAUUCUUCCGAUUGAGUCACAAACAAAUUAUACCCCUUAUUACAAAGAGAGAUGUUUCAGAUUCGUCUGAAUAUUACCGUAUCCUAAUUUCCGAGAAUGUAAGAUGAUGUUACAAAGCCAUACAUAACCUAUCAUCGUUCACUUGUGAUAAGAAAUUUUGUGAAUAAUAUUGAGAAAUAUUCCAUAGUAAAUAAGAAUUUAAAUAUGAAGAAUGGAUGAUUUAGAGAAGCAGGCGUCUUCGUAUCAGCAGGACCAGGAAAUACUUGAUGCCCGAGGCAUCAAUAUGACAGUAGAGGAGGUGGCCGGGCUCCCGACGGUGAAGUACUCUGAGAAAGUGCAGUCGCUCCGGCUCAACGAAGAGGACUUGUCAUUCCUGAAGGGGCUCCGGAGGCGGAUCAAGAAUCGGUUGGCGUCACAGAACAGCCGGCGGCGCAGCCUGGAGCACCUGCGGCGGCUGACGCGCGAGCUGCGCUGCGUGCGCGCGCGCCGCGACGCCGCGCUGGCCGAGCGCCGCGCGCUGCUGCGCCGGCGCGACCUGCAGCGCGGCCGCUGCCGGGCGUUGCGGCUGCAUAUAUCGCUGGUCCUACAAGAACGCUCAGACCCCUCCCAACUCCCAGAACUAGAUGACCUAGAAUCUCCCACACCCAAAGACAUCAAGACCCCCAGCUCUCCAGACCUCAGUGAGAGCUAUCGAGACCUAGAAAAAGAAAGCACGUUCGAGUGUCGAAUCGAAAAACUGGUCCAAAAGAGCGUCAACCAUAUAUUUGAUAAGAAAAAGGUAUCAGCCAAAACUGUCUUCCUAGACGACAAGAAAUGUUACCAGGAUGCCUUUAUAAAAGACAAAAUUUUCGAUGAAACCAAUAGUGCCUUUUUGAAGGACAAAAUUUUCAAUGAAACGAAUAGUGGCUUUUUGAAGGACAAAAUUUUCAAUGAAACGAAUAGUGGUUUUAUGAAGGACAAAAUUUUUGUUGAGAGAAACGGUGCCUUCAUAAAGGAAGAAAUUUUCGAUGACGGAAAGGAUGAAAUUAGAAAUGCCUUUAUAAGUGACAGUGGGAUAAAGCAGGAGUAUGAUAAGGUGCUGAAAGAGGAAAACGGGGGGGUGCUGGAUCUGUGCGUGAAGGCGAAGAGGAGUCACGGGAGGAAACAGUCGGCGCCGCGGAGGAUCGCGUACGUCGAUGAUUAUAAUGAUGUAGUCCUGGAUUUGAAAAUAAAGAAAGAGAAUCAGUGAUAUUGACAAACACAAUUAAUUAAGAAUUUUAUUGUAACCAAAAAAUCGUAACAGUUUAUACGAAAAGUAAGCAUAGGAAUAGUCAGGCUUACGUGCAAAAAUAUUACAACUAGAAGCCUGAUGUAGUGGAUAAUGGGGUAUUUGACUGUAUUUAAAAUAAAUUAUUUUACACCAUGUUUGAAAUAAAGCAUCAGAAGAUUAAUAGAGAAACGUGGACAGCAGUUUUAGACACAAUUUCUAUUUUAAAACCCGUAUAAAACUAUAAAGAGUAGGUAAUUUGAUUGUGACGUCACAUGCUAGUGUUUCAUAUAAAUUCCAUAGCAAAUUCGUUUUGACAGUUCGAAAAAAGAAACUGAUUUGACUAUACUUCAUUUUUUUAGCAUUAGAAAUUAGGUAAACAAUCUAGAUGUGUAUUUUAAUUGAAAAACACAUUUUAAAAAUAAGUUACGGCAAAUAUGUAACAAUUAUGAAUCCAAUACGAUCAUUUAUAUUCUGCUUUCAUAAGUAAUAAUAGUUAUUGAUUUUUAAAAAGCGUUUAUAUUAAAAGUCAUGUCAAGAUCGCUUAUCUUCUUUCAAGUUCUUUCUAAUGCUAAAAAAACGAACUAUAGUAGUCUAGUACCCUAUUGUUUUCCAUCGUAUUUUCUCGGAAACGUUCGUAUUUGUCACGCUUCUUCCAACCUCAGUACUUUUUACCGAGACUGACUGAAAUAGCAAGGCGCGUUACGUUUCCGUGAAAAUACGAUGGAAAAUAAUUAUGCACUACAUCUUUUGAUAUUAUCAAAUUUUUGUAUCGAUUUUAGUUUUUUUUUUAAUCGCUGCUGUAUCUCCAUAGUCGUCCGUGUAUUCAUGUAUAAUUAUAAUUAAGUUAUUUUUACAAAUUUAAGUCUGUAUAUAUACCGAAAAUUAACAAUUAAUGAUUUUAAAGAUCUUAGUAUUAUUUGGUUGUUUGUUACAAUGUUUAUAAAA